CAUCUUAGAACUUCCCCUUUUAAGAGCCACCUUACUCAGUGCCCAAAUGGGCACCUUACCCCUUCACAAACACCUCGGUGCAUGUGUUGGCAUAAACAUCACCUCUGCUUUUUCUAUGUUGUAUUUUUAAGUCGUAUUUUCCCUUUCUUUAAACUUCCACAAAACAUGGCUCUGGUUCCUGCCUCAUUCAGCAGAAACGUGACGCAGCCAGAUAUGUUUUUGUGGAAGAAGUAUUAGUCACAGAAGAAAGAAUGUUAUGAAAUAUACUUAGAAAGUGUUAGAGCUGUGCUUGGCAUGUGAACUGUUUACCCACACGUAUAAACAGCUCAGGAGGAACUUUAACUCUUGCCAAGGUACCAUCCUAAACCUGAGUUAUUUUGAAACCUUGAGCAACGUGGUUUUCAGUUCUUGAAAAUAAGGUCUCAGGUUCUGUGCUGACACAAACUGAGAGUGCCAGUGGGUGGCCUCACCAAGGGGACAUUUUAGCCCCUGCUUUUGACUCCCUAAAAAUAAAUCAAGGUGUGUUUUCCUGAAGAGCUGCAGUGUGCUCAAUAAAAUGCUUGUGUUUAUGUGGGGUUUGGAUUGCUUCAGUGUUACUUGCAGAGUUUACUCAUGAGGCUGCACUCUAAAAGCUCUUCUCUUAGGAAACGCAGCCAACUCCUCGCGUCACGGAGGCCCAGCAUGAAUGUGAACUGUGCUGCUGGCACAGACUGGCCGAGAAAUCCGGAGCCCACUUGUUCUGUGGGGAGCACAACGGUAGCAGUCCAGGAGUCAGAAGAAAGCAACGUGGUGUUAGGAGGUCACAGCCCGGCUGCAGCUCCCAGGACUGAGGGUUUAGAUCCUGAAUGCCGACACACUCCUUGCCCAGUAAGUCCCCAGCUCAGUAGCAUGUUGUCUGCUCCUGAAGACACUCACAACUGCCAUUUCCAAGAUGGAAAUAAGAGACAGUCAGAGUAUUUUAACACCCAGGAACGCCACGGGUGCUGCACCUUGUCCUCAAGCAGCAGUUCACAGCCAGUGGCUUCAGAGAAGGUGACGCUCGUGGUAGAUGGCACUCGCUUUGCAGUGAAUCCGCAGAUUUUCACUGCUCACCCUGACACCAUGCUGGGAAGAAUGUUUGGACCAGGAAGGGAAUACAAUUUCACGCGACCAAAUGAAAAGGGGGAAUAUGAAAUCGCAGAAGGAAUCAGCUCAGCUGUUUUCCGGACUGUGCUGGAUUAUUACAAAACUGGGAUCAUUAACUGCCCUGAUGGGAUUUCCAUCCCCGACCUUCGAGACACAUGUGAUUACCUCUGCAUAAACUUUGAUUUUAACACAAUCAAAUGUCAAGAUUUAAGUGCUCUGUUACACGAGCUCUCCAACGACGGUGCUCACAAGCAGUUUGACAGCUACCUGGAGGAGCUCAUUCUGCCUAUAAUGGUGGAUAGUGCAAGGAAAGGGGAACGUGAAUGUCACAUUGUGGUGCUGACAGAUGAAGACACCGUGGACUGGGAUGAAGAUCAUCCACCUCCAAUGGGAGAGGAGUACUCACAAAUCCUUUACAGCUCCAAGCUGUACAGAUUCUUCAAGUACAUCGAGAACCGCGAUGUGGCAAAAGCUGUCUUAAAGGAGCGGGGCUUGAAGAACAUUCGUAUUGGCAUUGAAGGGUAUCCCACCUGCAAAGAGAAGGUGAAGAGGAGGCCUGGUGGCCGCUCAGAAGUUAUCUACAACUACGUUCAACGGCCCUUCAUCCAGAUGUCAUGGGAGAAGGAAGAGGGCAAGAGCCGUCACGUUGAUUUCCAGUGUGUUCGGAGCAAAUCCCUCACAAACCUUGUCACUGUGGGUGAUGAUGUUUCAGAGGACCAGGAGGUUGUAAUGCAUCACCCCCCACAGGUAGAUGAACUGGACAGGCUGAAUGCACCAUUCUCCCAAAUGGCUGUGAAUGAUUUACCAGAUUAGUGGUGGCUCAGGGUCAUGGUCCUGCUGAUGUGGGACCGUCUCGGCAUAGUUCCGUCCCUGGUGAUGGAAUACAGACUCUUGCAGGGUGCUUUAUCCUCGUUCCUGCUCUUACUAUGUUGUCAUACUUCAAGCAUGUUAAUAAAGAGCCACACUCUGGUCUAAUUGUGCAAUCAAAAGCAACACCUCCUCAAACAAGAAGAAA